AUGGCGCCACCAGAAUUGGCGAUUAGCCCGCCUUUGCUAAACUCGGCAACCCCAUGGGCCACCGACAUUAACGAUCUUCUGGCAAUCGCUUCAUCCCCUUCAACAGGCGCUAUCACGACCCGCACAUCGCUUAUCAAUGGCUUCGGCCACAAACAUGAGCAGCACCAAUACCUCUUCUUCAACCCUGCCACUGCAACCCCAGACCAGGGCACUUCUUCCAACCAGGUUCCACCCAAGGGCCACACAGGAGAUGCAAUGGCAAGCUUGAAUAACCUGGGCUACAGUCCCAUCACGCUCGAUGGGUAUCUCGGCUUCUUGUCAGAGAUUGCUGGUCGCCUUCCUGGACUGCGAAAGACUUUCAUCGUCAGUGUCACCGGCUCACCUGAGGACAUACAACAGAGCUAUGCUCGUAUCGAGGCUGCGUCGAAGGCCCUUCCGUUCCCUCUGGCCAUGGAGGUCAACUUGAGUUGUCCGAACAUCCCUGGCGCUCCACCGCCUGCGUAUGGGGGCGCUGCUCUCAAGAAAUAUCUUGAUCUGCUUCCACAGAGUCCUUCUUUGCCUGUUGGUAUCAAGACACCGCCUUAUACCCACCACGGACAGUUCGCAACCUUGAUUGAGACCUUGCUUCCAACUGCGUCGUCCCUCAGCUUCAUCACCGCCGCCAACACUCUCGGGUCGUGCCUUGUUCUUGAGAACAACAAGCUAGAACCCCAAUUGCCUGGUACUGGUGUUGGUGGCAUGGCCGGUCCGCCACUUCAUCCGCUUGCACUAGGUAACGUGUCGACGUUGAGAAAGAUGCUCGACCAAGUCCCGGAACUGAGUCAUGUAAAGAUCAUCGGGGUCGGUGGAGUACGUGACGGGGACGGUUAUCGAAGGAUGAGGAGCGUUGGAGCUUAUGCCGUGGCGGUGGGGACAGGCUUGGGGAAGCAAGGACCAGGUGUGUUUGAGAGGAUUGAGAAAGAUUUGAAGGGGGAGUGGAGAGUGAAUUCAUUGAAGGAGAAGCUGUGA